UGGAAUAAUAAAGCAGUUGUAUGCGGGUAUGCUUGCUGGAUUUGAGGUAGAGAUUCUGAUGCUCAGCGACACCACAGUUUCUGGCGACGAGAAAGUUGACCCACGAAGCAAAGAAGACAGCAACAGGCAGCACAACAAAAGCAAGAGACUUCGCAUCAGCCCGUCAGAACACAAGGCUUAGGUAACGUCAUGGAGACUCCUUUGCCACCCUUUCCAGCAUUUGACCCACAUUCCGACGUGUCGUCGUUAUCACAAAGAUGGUUGAAGUGGGUAGCCCGCUUUGAAAAUUUCCUGCUAGCCGCCAACGUCACUAACGAGGCGCGCAAGAGAGCCAUGUUGCUGCACUACGCCGGUGAAGAAGUAUAUGACGUCUUCCAGACGCUUUCCAACACCGGGACAGAUUAUGACACUGCGAUUGCACGACUCAAGGAACAUUUCGCACCAAAGCGAAACACCGUGUACGAACGCCAUGUGUUUCGGCGAGCCCGGCAAGAAGUCGGCGAAACACUGGACCAGUUCCAGGUCAGAUUGAGACGUCUUGGAGGGACAUGCGAAUUUUCCGAGAUUGAGAGGGAAAUUGUCUCACAAGUCAUAGAGGAAACCACGUCAAGCAGAUUAAGGAGAGUAGCACUCAGAGAAUCGGACAUUACACUCGACCAGCUUAUGAAGCUGGGAAGACUCAUCGAGACUACAGAGAUGCAAGCAUCCAACAUAGAAACACCUUCAGAGACGCACACAGUUCACAAUGUAAAGGAGAAAAAACUUAACCGUAGAGGUCGGCCACAAAAGAGAGAUCAACGUGGUCGAGGGGGAACACAGAAGUGCUUUGGCUGCGGCGGAAGGUGGCCCCAUGAGGACGGAAAGACAAGCUGUCCUGCUUGGGGAGCGAGGUGUCACAAAUGUCAGAAGGGCAACCAUUUCGCGAAGUGGUGCAGAGCGACCACAUUGCCUAAGGAACCGGUGGGGUCCGUGAACGUGUUGUCCACGCGUUCAGAAGUUUCAAGCUCAGAAGAGUCUGUGUUUCACGUACAGGGCUCCACGAAGCUCCCUGUCGUUAGAGUAAUGGUUAACGAUAGCCCCCUGGACUUCUUCCUGGACACUGGAGCAGGAGUCAAUGUGAUAGGUGAACAGACCUGGAGGACACACUUAAAAGCCCGACUGGAAGAGACAACGACUCGUCUCGUCCCGUAUGGAAUUACAGAGGCGAUUCCGGUCAUGGGAACAUUCAAGGCUACGUUCAGAGCCAGGGAUAAGCAAACUCAAGCGCCCGUAUAUGUCGUUGAAGGGUCACAUUCAUCAUUACUGAGCUACGAAACGGCCAGAGAGCUCAUGCUCAUCGACAUCGUACGAACAAUAUCCCAGAAGACAUCGGUAGACGCAAAAAGAGAAUUUCCUAGACUAUUCGGAGGUAUUGGGCGGCUGAAGAAUUUCUAGGUCAAGCUGCAAAUAUCGGAGGAUGUGCAACCCGUGGCGCGACAGCAUCGUAGAAUUCCCUUCCGGAUGAGGAAAGCGGUGGAAGCAGAGCUGGUUCGACUCGAGAGUCUAGACAUAAUCGAGCCGGUAACAGGACCCACACCGUGGGUUUCUCCAAUCGUUGUAGUCCCCAAACCACAUUCCAGUGGAGCGGUCCGAAUGUGCGUAGAUAUGAGGGAAGCCAAUAGAGCCAUUGGCCGAGUCCGCAAUGUGAUGCCAACCGUCGAGGACGUCAUCGGUAUUUUGAAUGGGGCAGCCUAUUUUUCAAAACUUGACCUCAACGAAUGUUAUCACCAGCUGGAGCUGGAGGAGUCAUCUCGUCACAUCACGACUUUCUCAACACACUGCGGUCUGCGAAGAUAUAAGAGACUACUCUUUGGAGUCAACGCAGCCUCCGAAAUUUUCCGAGAUGCCAUAAGACAAGUCUUACCGGAUGAAGACGGGAU